AAAACCCAAAACCGCAAGGGCUCUCUGCGCGCUUCUCUUCCCUCUCUCACGGAUUUUAGGUCAAUCCGUGACAAAUCCGCGCCCGGCGCUUCACAGGAUUGGGGCAUUGGAGCGGCGUGCCUUGGAUUAUCCAACACGCCAUGGAAGAAUCGAAAUCUAUUGAAACGCGCGCUGGAACAGCCACGACCGCGAUUCCUUCGAGAAAGCAAAUCAAUUUCGCUCAAGUUAUCAUAGAGGGAGCGAUUGCUGGAGCCACUGCUGGAGUUGUCGUUGAAACCGUGCUCUAUCCGAUUGACACUAUCAAAACUCGACUCCAGGCUGCUCGAACGAGCGGGAAGAUCGUGCUAAAAGGCCUGUAUUCGGGUCUAGCCGGGAACCUCCUGGGAGUUCUACCGGCGUCCGCGAUUUUUGUUGGAGUUUACGAGCCUGUGAAACGGAAGCUGGAAGAAUGCCUUCCAGAUCAUUUAAGUUCCAUCGCUCACUUGACGGCUGGUGCUACCGGAGGACUUGCAGCAUCUCUCGUCCGUGUGCCCACCGAGGUGGUGAAACAAAGGAUGCAAACUCGUGAGUUUCCAAGGGCUCACAUAGCUGUCCGGAGUAUUGUGAGCAACGAAGGUUUCCGGGGCCUCUAUGCGGGAUUUGGUUCCUUCUUGUUGCGAGACCUGCCUUUCGACGCGAUCCAGUUUUGCAUUUACGAGCAACUUAAGAUCGGCUACAAAAAGAUGGCCAGACGAGAUCUCUAUGACUCCGAAACAGCUCUUGUCGGAGCCUUCGCUGGGGCAUUAACGGGUGCCUUGACUACGCCCCUGGACGUCAUCAAAACACGCCUCAUGAUCCAGGGAAAAUCAAACGCAUACAAAGGCAUAGUCGAUUGCGUCCAGAAGAUCGUCCAAGAAGAAGGAGCUGGAGCACUCACCAAAGGAAUCGGUCCGCGAGUGAUGUGGAUUGGCAUCGGAGGCUCCAUUUUCUUUGGAGUCCUGGAAAAAACCAAGCAGGUCCUGGAGCAGUCCCACCAGAAGAAAGUGAUCAAAACAACAACCAGCAACAAUUUUCCCCGAACAAAGGAGCUCUAACCUCAGGUCCAUUCCGUUUUACUUUGUAAAGGAUGGAAUUUUUUUGCGCAAUUGAAACUGACUCGUUUCAAGGGAAA